AUGCUCGAAGCUGUAUCUUCAGGCAUAACCCACCUGAAACCCGCUCCAUCCCAGAUUCGUUUGGGUUAUGCCUUUAAUCCAGAAUGGACGAGUUCGGCAGGGCCCUCAGUGAACGGAUGGGCGGACCUCAAAAGGAAGGGCUCACCUCGAUUUUGCUAUCCUUCAACGGUUAACCGCCACUCGGAGAGAAUAAGGAUCAAUUAUCGGGACGAAGUUGAAAAAGAGCAUAUCAAGGUAGAAUUCCAGUUUGGUAAUGUCAUAAAGGAUAAAAGAAAGAAGAAAGAAACUAAAACGAGUUUUGAUGAGUUAUUGAUUGAAAGUGAUGAAGAAGAACCUUUCGUCGAUGGCGAAGCUACUGUUCAAAACUCGAUUGUGCCCGUGGAAUCAGACUUAUCCGAGGACGAUGAUGGUUAUGAUGAGAGUGACGAUAAUGAAGAAAAAACGUAG